AUGGUUCUGAUGAUGGAGUCACACACCUGGAACCUUCCUAAAACGGUUCCAGGAAUGUUGGAACAUUCUGUUAAAGUUCCAGGAAUGUUGGAACGUUCCUUUAAGCUUCCAGGAAUGUUGGAAUAUUCCUUUAAGCUUCCAAGAAUGUUGGAACAUUCCAUUAAAGUUCCAGGAAUGUUGGAACGUUCCUUUAAGCUUCCAGGAAUGUUGGAACAUUCCAUUAAGUUUGUUCCAGGAAUGUUGGAACGUUCCUUUAAGCUUCCAGGAAUGUUGGAACAUUCCAUUAAAGUUCCAGGAAUGUUGGAACAUUCCAUUAAAGUUCCAGGAAUGUUGGAACAUUCCAUUAAAGUUCCAGGA